AUGGAAGAAGAGGAAGGUGAGCGGUUACCGUUCCUGGACAUUGAAGUGAUUGGUUCUAAUGGGACGCUGAAAAAGAAAUUGUUCAGAAAGAAGUCCUAUGCUGGAAUAAUAAUCAAUCUCCGGUCCCAUCACAAUUGCAGGCUGAAGAUUGGAAUAAUGAGGAGCAUGAUCAUCCGAAGCCUACGCCUGACGGAUGCAGAUUUCUGGGACGAGGAGCUGGACAAAUUGACGAGGAUAUUUCUCGGUAAUGGCUACCCAAACGAAGUGAUACAAAGAAUCAUACGGGCCAUGAAAAGCCGAUGGCAGAACUUCCUGCGAACUAACUCAAAAACUACGACUAGUAUUGAGUAA